UUGUCCUAUAUCUUUUGCUUCAGUACUGGAAUAUUCGUCUAUUUCCCCUCGUUUCAGGGUCCACGCAAAGCUCGUGAAGCUCAAAAGCACUUUGGUCUUGCCCCAGGAGUUCCACACAGUCACACGAAGCCAUACGUCCGAUCGAAGGGACGCAAAUUCGAACGCGCACGUGGACGAAGAGCUUCUCGUUCAGGUCCACGCAAAGCUCGUGAAGCUCAAAAGCACUUUGGUCUUGCUCCAGGAGUUCCACACAGUCACACGAAGCCAUACGUCCGAUCGAAGGGACGCAAAUUCGAACGUGCACGUGGACGAAGAGCUUCUCGUGGAUACAAAGCCUAA